GUCACCAUCACUGACAUUGUCGGGAGAAGUUUAGCUCUGGUUCUCAAGUUCGGAGGGGAUUGGGGACGGGUCAGGUGAUAUUUAGACGCAAGCCAGACCAUGGGAGGAAAGUGGUCAUGCUGCCAGGGCUGUGAGGCGGAUCUGGCGGCUCCAGAUGUUGUCAAGAUCGAGAAUGGAAUCUUUGACAGUCAUUUUAUGUAAGGCGCCCAACGCCUUGUCUCUCCUUUCAAACAAAAAAAAUUAUUUUAAGUGACUGCCUUUCCACAGCUUGCUGCUGCUUCGUGCCACUUACAUCAUAGCGAGACAGUCAAGGAGGCUUAAAACAAGUGACUUAAAAAUAUCUUUUAAAAAAACUGCAGCAGAAGAGCGCGGGAUCUGGGCAGGAUUCUCCUGCGAAGCGGAAAACUGAAUGCAAAUCCUCCCCAGUUUGGAAAAAAGCAAAGUGCUGAUCCGCCAGCACCGCAAGAAAAAGGGACAUCGCGGUUUAUUUUUCUCUGAAGGGGACCAUAAUUUAAGUUUGCAUUCUCUAUAGCGUUCGGCAAGGAGAUCGGUGCGGUUUUUUUUUUAAUUUUAAAAAAAAUGCUGCAACAAAUUAUGGUGAUGCGGUGAAAAAGUCUUUGCAGUUCAGUUGCUGGGGACGGGAAGGAUCGAACCGGAGACUUGGGUGCUUCACAUCGCGUUGGCUCAGGGAGUUGCAGCUCGGGACUUCUGCUCUGGGACCGCACUUGGGGUGGAAAAAAAGGGGACUAGAGCCGACCUCAGCGUCAUUCAUUGGAAAAAGAGAGAGAGAGGAGGGUUCUCAACUCUGUUCUGACGUGGCGUUUUUUUCUCUCUCUCUCUCCAUUUCCUUCUCUUCCCCAGUCUGUGAUCCUCAAGACCACCCCCUCCCUCUACUGUGGAGAGAUUCGAUCCUGUGCUCCACAACUGGAGUAACAUCUGGAGACGUCUUUCCCCUCCCUCCCCCAACUCUGCCGAAAAGGAAACGAUGGGGCGCUUCCCCCGUGGUUACUUGGUGAGGGAGCAGCAGAUGCGGAGAGCUCCAGGAGGACCCGCUUCUAGUUAAAUCCCUGGGUCAGGAUCACUGGGGCCUUGAGAGACCUUCACUCCUUCCUCUGAAUCUCCUGCAAAACGGUGAUCUGCCACACUCUCCUCCCUCCCACUCCACCCCAGCUCCCCCCUUUAUCCAUCCCUGUCCAAUCCCACCCCCUCAGAACUCUCCAAAGACGACUGAAAUAUCCAACUUUUCUGCCUGAUUGAAGUUUGCUCCUGGGUUGAGUUUUGCCAGCGUGGAUUUCUCUUAAGCCCACCCCACCCACCAAUGCUCUCAGACGGGGGGACGAUGGCUUCUGAUGUGAAGAGGACUCUGAAGAGCGACAAGGUGGACGAAGCUCAGGCGAUGGCUCGGAACUGCGCGGGAAGGCCAGAUUUCCAGCCCUGUGACAGCCUCUCCAUCUGUGCCACCCACAGCCAUGGCAAAUGCUUCAAACGGCACUGGUGCUGUCAUUUAGGAUGGUGCCACUGUAGAUACAUUUACCAGCCCAUGACUCAUGUCGAACUUCUACCAAACACUUCAAUCCCAGUCAGCACGAGCAGCCAUGUAGAUACAGUCCAGUUGUCCAUAGCCCUGGUGAAACGCUUCCUAAAGACUGCUUCUUUCCUCAGGCCGCCAUUUGCACCAGAUACACCAAGGUACUGCACUAUUUCCAAACUCUUUGUUGACAGCUAUCGGGUCAAGAGGAUCAAUGGCAAGAUGUGCUAUGUCCAAUGCCAGCCUCAUCCGGCUCCGACUCCACAUGAUCCAAAGGUUGGAGAUAACUUUAACCAGGAUCCCUCUGUCAGCCCAAAGGCUCCAACCCUGGCAGACAAGGUACCAGCACCACAAAUGAAUCACUGUUCUUCGCCAUCUGCCUCAGAGGAUUCUGGUAUAAAUGCAUUAGGAUUGCACUGCCCAGAAUCAGGUGAUGAAGACACAGAGGAAGAUGAGGAUGAAGAUGAAUUGAGUUCAGAUGAUGACUCUAGCCCAGAGAGCCAGUGGGAUCAGGAUGAUUGCCGUUUACUUUCUCCUUCCCGAUCCACUGUGGAAAUUAUUGAGAAAAUUGAAACAACUGUCUGAGCUUAAGCAGGAUUUCCAUAGCUUCUUCAACAAUGCCUGGUGAAACAAACUCAACUAGAACUUGCAAAUUCUGAUAUAAAUUAAUCCUCACUAGUUCAUGAAUUGAAGUAGCCAUAAACACAAGAAUUGUUUAAGCUUCUGUUUUCAGAUAUAAGAUGGACAAAUAAAACGUAGCACAUGCAGACAGUAGACCAACGACUACGGUGCCUACCCAAAUGAAGUUUUCAAUUGUGGUCCAAAGUAACCAGAACCUUUCAAGUUACCAAGCACAAUAACCAAGCUCACGACUUUUUAGCUAAUAAUUUGACAAUUGGGUCAUCAUUUGAAAUCGUCAGAGGGAAGUACUUUUGACCACACAGGAGCACCUCCACAAGAGUAAACUGUCUAUUUUUUAUCAUGAGAAGGGUUGGUGGGAUUUCGAAGGGGAGCUGAGUUGUGUUGUGUGAGAUAAGAGAAUAGCAAAUGGUAGGUAAUGUUUAGCAUGUCAGGAUCCUCGCUAAUCACCAGAAUCAUUACACAACAAAGCACAUUAAAGAAGAAUUCAGCACUUUUUUUUCUUGAGUCAAAGACCCAGGAGGAGGUUUGAGGCCUGGGGCCUAGAGGUUUUGUUAUGUAUCAAGUAAGGUGACAUGUUCGCCUCAAUAAUAUAUUGCUAAACGAGUUACAUUAACCCUUGCAUGGAAAUGUGUUUUCAAUUCUGAGUUGCCAUGUGAAAUCUGUACUCUGGUUAUCACAAUGAUAAAAUAAUUAUCUUUACAAAGGGUCACACAUUAAUAGAAUAGAUAUUUCCAUGUGAUAUUAUUUGAUUUGAUCUUUGCUGUUUUAUACUUAAGAAGAACAGUUAAUCAAGUUAGUGGAUCAGAAUUUCGUCAAUCAUGCUAAGUCCUCCUAAAACAAGAAGCAUCAAAGUGUGUGACCUACAAUUUCAGAUAGAGAUUGUGUACAAUUAGGGAGAAUUUUAUGGGGAAUGUAAGGUUAACAUUGCUCCAUUAGUUCCUUUAUUUGAAUGUACGUUAAAAUUAUAGACAGAUGGAUUUUAUAGAGAAUUAAAUGCGCUAAGAGUGUUUAAAUAGAUUGUGGCACAUCCUUCUGUUUCUCUCUCAUGGUGGGCGGCACGGUGGCACAGUGGUUAGCACUGCUGCCUCACAGCACCUGUAGACCCGGGUUCAAUUCCCGACUCAGGCGACUGACUGUGUGGAGUUUGCACGUUCUCCCCGUGUCUG